CGGAGGGAGCUCCGUUCACGGCGGUUCUGAAAUUCGCAGCAGAGGAGUUCAAGGUUCCUCCCCAAACCAGCGCCAUCAUCACCAAUGGAAACGUGUUCCUGAAGCAUGGAUCUGAACUAAGACUCAUCCCACGUGAUAGAGUUGGAGCUGCGUUUUGUUAUUGAUCCAAUGAAUCUUGUAAACCAAUGAGUGAAACACAGUACCAGAAACAUAUUAAAAACUUUUGACAUAUUGAAAUGGUUAUUGUACAACUUCGAAUAAAAUAUGUGUUCUUCACAUCCUUUUUUAGACAAGCAAGGGAACUGGAUCUGGUUUAAAGUUAUAUCGCUGGGUCUAAUUCAUGGUUAUGUGUUACAUUUAUAUCAUCUAUGUGCAGCACUACACAAAGCUCGAGCAUCUCUUUGAAUGCUUACUUACUCAUUUGGCUAGCGAUUUAUUUUUGUCUAGUCCGUAACGCUGUUAUAUCCGGUAGUACACUCUAGCCAACAUUAUAGGAUCCUUGUCGGGCUGAUUAAUUAUUAUAGUCGAUAAUGCUAAAGGCUCAAGGUAGGCUCCAACAAAGCCACGUCGAUUUUUUCCUUUCUAGGGAAUAAAAAGCUCAAUAUUUUCGUUUAUCAGUGUAGGCCCAACGGGCCUAAACUAUAAUCAACUGACAGGAGAAAAAAAAAAGUGAAGCAGCGAUAAGAAUUCGAGUAGAAAUCACUUUGUAUCUAAUCUGAAGAGAAAUUCAUCUUUGUUACUAUAAAUAGAAACUUCAGACAUUUGACCUAAAUGCAAAUUAUCUUCCAUUUUUAAAAACGUUCCGUGCGUCCCACGCAAACCUCGCAUCUUCUCCAAAUUUCUCUCCCCUCUCUUCUUACAACCACCAGAUAAAAUCUUAACCUAACUUCUCCGAUCGUCCCCUAACAAUGUCUUCUCCACUCGCCGCAAAAUCCAACCCAACGACUCGCUCCAUUUCGUUAAACAUCCCACACUCAGCUCGUCCCAACCGCCACCAAGAUCUCCGGUACAGCCUCUCCGCUGGUCCUCGUACGAACGAAGAUCGUCCGCAGUCUGGAAACGGCGUUGCCGGAAUCCUCUACAAAUGGAUAAACUACGGCCAAGGAUGGAAACGGCGGUGGUUUGUUCUCCAGGACGGUGUGUUGUCGUAUUACAGAAUCCACGGUCCGGAUAAGAUCUCUCUCUCCGUGGAAAUGGAUCGGAGAUCGAAGCUGAUCGGCGGCGAAUCCUUGCGGUUCAUAUGCCGUCAUAGCAAACGUGGUGAUGUGCAUAGUCCUGGCAAACCGCUCGGUCAAAUUCACCUCAAGGUCUCAUCAAUCGGACAAGGCAUAUCAGACAGCAAGAGAUUCACUGUAUUUACUGGUACAAAGAGACUGCAUUUACGAGCAGCAUCAAGUGAAGAUCGUACAGCUUGGAUCGAAGCUUUGCAUGCUGUUAAAGAAACGUUUCCAAGAAUGUCUAACGAAGAGUUAAUGGCAACGACAACUAACGUAUCAAUCUCGACCGAUAAGCUAAGACAAAGAUUAAUGAAAGAAGAAGUUGACGAGACAAUCAUCAAAGAUUGCGAAGAUAUAAUGAAAAACAACUUCAUCGCAUUGCAUAAUGAGGUCAUGACGCUUAAACAGUAUCAGUGUCAUCUUGUGGAUACUCUCAAGAACGUUAAUAGUGUACCAGAGCUCGAGUAACAGUUUUGUAUGAGUUAUCUAUCUCGUCGUUUUAAUUUAUCAUCAGUGAUGUUUAAAGUUGUUCUUUUCAUAGAAAUAAAAUUUGCAUAAGGUGAGAUCAUUUACUUUAUAAUAUUAUUAGAGCAUGUUUAUCCCUAUCACCCCUAAUGGGUUUUUCAAUGACUUUUUAAUUAAUAAAAAUAACCUAAAAACUUUAGUUAAGAAACUCUCAUUUUGAGUGGUCCAAUGGGAAUUUCUUAACUAAAGGUUCUUAAAAAAAAUGAAACUUUCUUCAAUCCAAAUGAGAAGUACUACACACAUAAAAGUCAUCAAUAGAUAGGAUCUCUAAAACUUGAACCAACAAAUCAAACAAAAAGCUAGUCCAAAACUACCUAGUUGACUACUAAAAGGUAAUGCAAACAAGGAUCAUCUAUAUCGACAACCAAACAAUGACAUAUUUAUAUUCAAUUGUGAAGAAAGGAAAGAAGAUAAAGAACUCUCACUUCACUAGCCAUUGACAUUGUCCCAAAUGCGUUGAAUGGAAGCAUCACCUGAGCCUUGUACAGACCCAAUUCCUGUCCAACCAAAUCAACAAAUGUUAAAGAGUAAGUACACAUUUAACUAUAAGUUCAAAAGAUGAACAACCAGAGCUACCAGUGAGAGAAACCAUUGAGAGUUUAAACCCCCAGUUUCAAUCUAUUUCUUUGUCUUUUUAACUCUUAGCCUUUCAAGGCACUUUCACAAAGUACUUAUUAACCCAUGCACACAAGCAAGUUGUAGUAAAAGGUUUAAGAAUAAACAAUACCGUGAAACACAUCAAAAAUAGCAUAUUGCAUUUAUAUCUAUUGAAGAGCUCUUCCAAGCGCCUCAUAUCACCAUUGCUUUUAGGCUGUGGCUGACUGUAAAACACAUCAAAAGCUGGUUCGAUCUGCCAAUCACUGGAGCUGACUCAAACAACUAUUCUACCAUUGAAAGACGAAUACUUUCAGGUACAUAAACUAUAAGUGGGCAAAUACAAUCAUGAUCAUGAGACAAAACAUAUAUUAUUCUAACACAAUAUGUCCAAAGCUACCAUUGUCCGAAGAACUUAGCGCAUAAACUCAAAGAGAAUUAAGCAAACAAACAGACAUUACCAUGGGAAUAGAUGGAGAGUAGGAUCUGAAUCGCUGUCUUCUCCCAGGGGAAAGCUGCCACUGGGAAGAGCAAGAGGUCGUAGAAGAAGAGGAUCGCCGAUUAAAGUUGGGGUUUUUCGAUCUGAGCAGCGACGGAGCUUGAGAAGGACAAAGUAGAGAUGGUGUAAGAGGCAGAAGGAGCCUCAGAGUCAGAGGUAGACACGAACUCAUCUAUCUAUCCUAACACUGUCUUUUCGAUGGAUUUCAAAGUCCUCUUCUUUCAAAGCAAUCAAUCAAUAGCAUUGAUAGUACUACGUAGUAGAUAAGCUUACACGUUCAACAGAAUCAAGAGCGCUCUACUCUUCACAUCCUUCAUACGAUCAUCACCUUCGUGUUACUCGCCGGUCUUAUCGGAAGCGCUCUACCGACGACGCGUUCUUCCUCUGCUCCACCGCAAGCGCCAAAAGCCGAUCGGUGGCCGCAGUGGCUGAUUACUCAGCGACACCGAUCCAGCUCCAAGCCAUCGUCCACUACGCGACCUCCACCAUAACCCCACAACAAAACAUCCACGAGAUCGCGAUCUCCUUCAGCGGUUACUUCACCGAAGCUCCGGGAAGAAUGGCGGCGAUUUACUCGGCGGCGGUUAUGGCUAGGAACAUGAAGAAAGCCUGGAGUCACUCACGUGUUCUUGCACGACGUUAACCGGAGCGACGGAGAAGAAUGAGGAAACAGAAGAGAGAAAAGAAAAACCCACUACGGACCGGUAAGACCAUCUUUAUUUUGUUUUGAUUUAAUUAAAUGGGUUAUUUUACUUAAAAACCCACUAAGGAUCCACCGAUAAACAUGGUCUUAGACCUUGUAAUGUGGGUAUUUGUAAAUUCAAUGAGCUUAGACUUUCUAAAUAAUGGAGUUAAUUUAUAGCCAAUUCAGUUAAAAGUUUAGAGCAUCAUUAGUGGUGUAGUCUCUUCAUAGAGUAUCUAGUGAAUUUAAUAAUUAUAUUGUUUUGCUAUAUAAUUAAAACUAAAUGAAAAAUAAAAGAAACCAUUCAUUUUAGGAAAAAUGAUUGCUAACUACAUGAAGUAUUGAUCAUCACAUGGCUAACCAUGCAAAGUAUACUAAUGUAUACCUAACUACACGAAGUAUAUGUUAUGCAUGAUAACAUUCCUCAAUUUAAUGAUGUUAUGUAAUUAACAUCACAAGUUUAAUUUCAUUCAUCCAAAAAGUGAUGUAGAUGUCAGAGACCGUUAAAUACCUCGUUUCAUCAAUUAAAAUAUGACCGAUCCGAUUGUAAUUUAACUGAAAUUAUAUUUUAACCCACGUUUUAAGAGCGUAACAAUUUUUUUAUAAAUAUCUAAUGUACAAAAUCAAUAUCUUUUAACAUUUUUUGAUAUGUAGUGUUUUAACAUUUUUAUUCUGGUGUAUUUGAAAACUAUAUAAUUAUAUUAUUUUUAUUUAUAUUAAAUAUGUAAGUUAUAUAAGAUAUUAUGUAAUUUUGUUUUUUUUUUAAUUAUUUUAAUAUGUUUUCUUAUGAACUUUUCAUAAAAUUUAUGUAAUUCAUUUGAUAAAUUGUGUGAUAUAUAUUUAUUUUUUAAAUUUUAAUUAUAAAAUAUAUUUGACGUCAAUUUAUUGACUCUAACAUUUUAUUUUCUCAAAACUUAUUUGAUGUCAACUUAAAUCAAAUAUAAUCUCACAUAUAUGAUUAUUAUAUAUGUACUUUUAAUAAUAAAAUAAUCUAAGAAUAAGUAUAUAAUAUGAAAGUUUUACUAAGUUUAAAUGAAUGCAAUUUAAUAUAAACAAAAUAAUGCAUUAAUUUAAUUAUGGAUGAAUUUAAUUAAUUGUAUAUCAAACAAAUAAGAUGUUGGAGUAAGUAAAUUGAUAUCAAACAACUUUUAUAAUAAAAAUUGAUCAAAUAAAUAUAUAUCACACAAUUAUUCAAAAGAAUUACACAUAUUUUAUUAAAAAUUAAUAACAAAACAGAUUAAGUAAUAAAAAUAAAAAUUAAAUAAUAUCAUGUAUAAAUUUUAUAUCUAAUAUAAAUAAACUAAUACAAUUAUAUAGUUUUCAAAUACACUAAAAAUAAAAAUUUCAAAACACUACUUAUCAAAAUUUUAUAAAACAUACUGAUUUAAUAAAUUAUAUUUUGUUAAAAAUAUUCUCACGCUUUUAAAAAGCGGAUCAAAAUCUAAUUUUUGUUUAAUUACCGUCAGGUACGCCAUAUUUUAAUUGAGAAAAUGGGACACUUAAACGGUCUUUGACAUAUAUAUCACUUUUUGGAUUAAUGAAAUUAAAAUCGUGAUGUUAACCACAUAACAUCAUUAAGUUGAGGGAUGUUGCCAUGCAUAACAUAUAUUUCAUGUAGUCUAGUAUACAUUAAUUUAGUUUGCAUGGCUAGUCAUGUGAUGGUCAAUACUUCGUGUAGCCAGCAAUCAUUUUUCCUUCAUUUUAUUGACACAUAGCAUUUUAGUCUCUGAUCAUUUGUGUUGAGUUGUUAAAGAAAAAAACUUUCUACUGCUUUCAUUUAUUUUUUUCAACCUUUUUUUAACAAUUUAAUGUUGAGAGAUAUUGGAAAAAACAUAUCGUUGCUCAUGCUCUUAGCUAAAUAUUGUAUUAAAACUAUUAUAUAUUGUAAAACAAAAUUGCGGAUUCAAAAUAUUCAAUAGAAAUUUUGGAAUGGAAUAACAUACAGAAUUUUGUUAAAAAAAAGGAAUAACAUACAGAACAACCAAAAAUUGAGAAUACAACAAUUUAAUGGAAUCAACAUAACUUGUAAUAUAAGCCAGAUAUUAAAGAACAAUCUAUUCAAAGCAUUAUAGUAUAUACUUCGAUAUUGCAGUUUGUUUUUGGUAAAAUGUUAAAUCCGAUAUUGCAAUUUUGUUUUUGGUUUUAUAUUUUGACGUUUUAUAUUUUGACGAGGUCAGUGCGUGUACUAGUUAAUUCAGUUGGGGAUUCAUGAAGUUCCAAUCUUAUGAGUUUGUAAACGUUUUUCAAUACAAAUUUUUAAUUAUAUGACGCAGCCGUUUAGCUAUAUGCACCGUCAAGGAAUUAAUAUAAUGCAUGAAAACGCUAGGUAAUGGACACGAACUCACAACUAUGAAUCAAAGUUAUUUUCAAAUCCUAAAAUCAUCGAAUGUACCCAGCAGACACAUUUUUUAAAGUUCGAAUUUGAUAGCAAAUCAUAAGAUAAUAACAGAAGGCAGAAAACAUUAAAAUAAAUAAAUUUGGUUAAAUCGCUCUGCCAACGAUGAAGACAUAUAUAUAAAAGCUUCUUGUAUUUCAAAAAUUGAAUGAAGCAGAAAAUUACGAAGGAAAAUACCAAAACUACGAGCAAUGGACUUUCCCUUUCGAGCUUACAAUACAAAGAGACGUAUACGUAGUUUCUUAUAAAUUUAAACCCCAUUAAGACGUAAGUCCGAUAAAUAAUUUAUUCAAAUUAUUAGGACGAGAAAAAAUAGAAUAAAUACGUAUUCAAACUUCAAGUUCAACGCGAUCUCUCUUAACUCAAAUAAACUUACGAAAGUGGACAAUGCUUUAAAUACGGCUGGACUAUCUUAUAGUCAUUGAACAUUACUACGUUGCACCUUUCUUUAUGAUUCGUUGUUAAAUACAGCAUGGAACAGAAUAGAUACUAGAAAACAAACAUUCACGUACUUUGAGUCAAGAGUUGCUGCGGUUCUGACAUCGUGUUAAAAACUACCCACACGUUGAACCAGUUAUAUAAUUUCUAAACCUAAAUAAAAAUUGUCUAAAAUUGUGUAAUAAACUGAGAAUAUUUGAUGUAAUUCAAUAAACAAAUAAUGGUAAAGAAGGAUGGGUUUGGUAUAAUCUGGAGUGACAAGACGUUGGUGUAAGGCUUAUUGAGGAAUGGGCUUUGAUUCUCCAUCAGAAGAAACGAAACAUCGUUACGUCAAUAUCUGAGCUACUCCCUCUUCAUAUCAAUCCAUGAUUUAGAGCAUCUUCAACCCUACUCCAUUUUUAACUCUAAACAUAAUUAUGCAGUAAAUCCAAAUAUCAUUAUGCAGUAAAAUAUUCUCCAAUCCCACUCCAUUUUCAACUCCAAAAUGGAGUAAUGGCUAGUGUUACUCUAUCUAUGGAGUAAUCUUACUCAUUACUCAAUUUUAGAGUUGAACUUUUUUUAUUUAUAAAAUAAUCCUUUAAAUUUUUAAAGUUUCUAUUUUUUACUUAAAUAAUAAUUAAAAUGAUACAAUAACAUGAAAACAGUAUAUUCCACAACAGAUUAUGUAAUAAUUUUAAAUAAAUGCAUAAAACAACAGAAACAUAAAUAAUUAAAAUAAAAAUAACAUAAAAUAA